UCCUUCUAACAACUCCAUUCUAGCGUCUACCCUGAGAGGAGGCCGCACGGAGGCUCGGAGGACGUACUCUCAGCCGGGCUCCUGACCUCAGCCGGCAUGGCACUCCAGCCUGUGCCCAGCUGCUCCUCGCAGCCGGCCGAGUCAGAGCUCUAUUUCUUAAUAGCUCGUUUUCUCUCCAAGGGCCCCUGUGGGAAAUCUGCUCAGAUGCUGAUCCAGGAGUUGAAUGAACAGAACCUUCUUCCUUACAGAUUGGAUUGGCUAGGGAAUGAACACUCAAGAUCAUUUAAUGAAAUGGUUUCCGCUAACAAGUCGGUGACUCCUGACCAUUUGCUGAGGAUCUGUCAGGGUUUAACGUACUUCAUUGACAAACAAGCUCCAGUUAAUGUAUCGAGAGCGAGCUCUUUACUUGGAAUUGCCAAUAAGCCACUAUGCACAGUAAAAGGUUACAGAAAUUCUCAGUGGAGCCACAAAUCAUUUGCCACUCUUCAACGAGGGAGACCCCCAGAAGUGCAAUUUAACGUGAGACGACCUCCAGAUGUUGUGAAUGUGCACCGUGGCAAACACUUAACCGGUGCUAUGCGCUUCAACUCUGCUUUUCCUGUCACCAUGUACCAGCAGAUCAAGAUGCAUAAGCGGAUUCUCGGCCAUCUCUCUUCUGUUUACUGUGUCGCAUUUGAUCGCACUGGUCAAAGGAUUUUCACUGGCUCUGAUGACUGUUUGGUGAAGAUCUGGUCUGCACAUGAUGGACGGCUGCUCGCCACACUAAGAGGUCAUUUAGCCGAGAUCUCUGAACUUACUGUGAACUAUGAGAAUACCCUGAUUGCUGCUGCAAGCUGUGAGAAGAUCAUCCGAGUGUGGUCUCUCCGAACCUGUGCCCCCAUAGCUGUGCUGCCAGGUCACUCAGGAGCUGUUACCUCAUUACUUUUCAGUCCACUGGUCCAAGGCUCCACCAGAUACUUGGUGUCUACAGGAGAUGCAACAGUGUGCUUAUGGCAGUGGGAUGUUGACACCUUGCAGUUCAAUGCUCGUCCCCUGAAAUUCAUAGAAAAAUCUGGACCUGGAGCUCAGAUGCUCUGCUCUUCGUGUAGCGCUGGAGGGAUGUUUUUGGCUGUCAGUGGCAGUGACCACGCCAUCCGACUCUAUUAUUUUGGUAAUGAAGAGCCUGAAAAAGUAUCUGAACUUGAAGGCCAUAGCGAUAUAGUCGACAGCAUUUUGUUUUCCUACAAUAGUGAAAGGUUUGUAAGUGGAAGCAAAGAUGGAAUCGCACGAAUAUGGAGUUUAGAGGAUCAGGAGUGGAAUAGUAUUGUACUUGACAUGGACACGAAUCUAGAUGACAGGCCGGCAAAUGAUAAUGACAGUAUAUCAUUUCAAAAGCCCAAGGUUCUGAUGAUUGCAUGGGACACGACGGAUAACUAUGUGGUGACUGCCAGCAGUGCCCACCUACUGAAAGUGUGGGAUUCACAUACUGGGAAACUGCUGCAUGUCCUAACGGGUCAUGAAAAUGACAUUUAUGUUUUGGAACCUCACCCCUUUGACUCCAGAAUGAUGUUAUCUGCAGGACACGAUGGAAAUAUAUUCCUAUGGGAUAUUAAAAAUGGCACUAAAGUCAUGCAUUACUUCAAUUUAAUCGAAGGACAAGGCCAUGGUGCCAUCCUGGACUGCAAGCUGUCAGCUGACGGGCAGCGCAUGGCAGGAACCGAUUCACAUGGAUAUCUGCUGAUUUUUGGCUUUGGCGGUGGCAAGUUUUAUGAGAAGAUUCCAGAGCAGAUGUUUUUCCACACGGACUAUAGACCCCUGAUUGGAGAUGCAAACCAUUUUGUCAUUGAUGAACAAACCCAGCAGGCUCCACACUUGAUGCCACCACCGUUUUUGGUAGAUGUUGACGGAAACCCACAUCCACCUGCAUAUCAGCGGUUGGUUCCUGGGAGAGAGAACUCUGCAGAUCAGCAUUUGGUGCCUCAAUUGGGAUACAUAGAAACUGUUGAUGGUGAAAUAAUGGAACAAGUGGUCAGUCAGCAGACAAACUCUGAUCAGCAGAACCAAGAGCCCAACCUGCACCCGGAUCAGCGGCCAAAUCCAGAGCAAGAACCUGGCUCCAGUGCUCAGGCCAACAAUGCAGCCAGAAGAGAUCUUGCUUCUCCGCCAAAUAUCGGCCUAAGGCGUAGCGGUCAGGUAGAAGGUGUUCGUCAGAUGCAUAUUAAUUCACCUCGCAGUCAGAUUGCUACAGAGAGGGAUUUACUUGCCUGGAGGAAAAGAGUUGUUGUGCCAGAGAUACCCAGCGUCAUUUACAGGAAGGAGGAAGAUAUUAGAAUUGCAAAAGCAGAACAGGAAAAGUUUAUUGUGGAUCAGAAACCACGUUGUCUGUCUGACUUUUCUCAAGAGGAAAACUUACGGGCUCAUAAUUUGAGGCUGCGCAAGAAGAUAGCAUCUCGUAUACGACCAUCGCGCCGUACUGUGGAAGAGUUUCUUGAGCUGUCUUGCGAAGAAGAUGACGGUACCAGGUCUUCUGCAGAGGAAGAGAAUGCAAGUGACCAACUGGAAAAUCAAACUGAUAAUUCAGUGGAGUCUUCUUCAGAAGAUGAAGAUGACUGGAGAAACACAAGUGACUUAUCCAGCGAGUACUCUGAUUGGACCACAGAUGCUGGAAUUAAUCUUCAACCACCAAGCUGUAAUUCCACCCGGCGUAAAGUUAAGAAGCUGGCAAGCAGUUCUGAGGAGGAGACUUCGGCAGGAGAGAAAUCCACAGAAGGAAAGCGCACCCCCAAAAGGGAGAGGCGUAAAAAAGCCACUACGGGAAAUGAGACAGCAAGAUUGCCUGAAAGGGUUCCUCUAAACAGAGAAAUCUCAAACGACUGUCGUCCCUCUAAUUGGAUCACGGACACAACCCCUCGAAGGUCCCCUUUUGUUCCACAGAUGGGAGAUGAGGUCAUCUACUUUCGACAAGGCCAUGAAGCAUACAUUAAUGCUGUCCAAAGAGCCAACCUCAGUAUUGCUAAUUCAUUAAAGGAGCCAUGGAGAAAAUGUGGGGCUCAGGGACCAGGAAUUGGUGAAAAUUGUUGGAUCCGAUAUGAAAUUGGACCUCCCACUUUGUGCUGUCUUAAACUUGCCUUGAUAGACCAUGUUAGUGGAAAGAUCACGGAACAGUCCUUCUCUCUCAAAUAUCAUGACAUGCCGGAUGUGAUAGACUUCCUUGUCCUGAGGCAGUUCUAUGAUUAUGCACGUCGCACAGAUUGGCAGGCGGGUGACCGGUUCCGGUCCAUUAUAGACGACGCAUGGUGGUUUGGGAUGGUUGUUGGUCAAGAGCCAUAUCAAGCUGAAAAUCCAGACAGCCUGUUCCAGUGCUACACUGUGAAGUGGGACAAUGGAGAGAAUGAAAAACUAAGUCCCUGGGACAUGGAUUGCAUUCCCGAUGACAUCAUUCCACCUGAGGAACCGGGAUCCAGCAUCUCCAUAACUGAAGAAGAGCGGGAUACUUUGUUGUAUUCCCCCCAGGAAGGAGAAUGGGGAAGAGGGAACCAGGACAGUGAAUGUGAGCGAAUUAUUUGUGGCAUCGAUCAGCUCCUUAAUCGAGACAUGGCGGGUCCUUUCGCUGCACCUGUAGAUUUAACUAUCUAUCCAUCAUACAGCAUGAUGAUCGCUUAUCCCACUGACCUCAGCACUAUACGGAUGAGGCUGGUGAACCGUUUUUACAGGAGGCUUUCUGCACUGAUCUGGGAAAUCAGAUACAUUGAGCAUAAUGCUAGGACGUUCAAUGAACCAGGCAGCAACAUCACAAAGUCUGCAAAGAAAAUCACAGACGUGCUUUUAAGAUUUAUAAUGGACAGCAGCUGUUCCAGCAUUACAGACGUGUGCACUACUACUGAAGGAGAGGAGACGUGUGAUGGCCAGGGAGAGAACCACGCUAAUUCCUGGAAGAGUCGCUGCAUGGACCUGGUGGACUUCAUAAUAGACUGUGAAGACUCUGAGCCCUUCAGGGAGCCGGUGGACCUGGAGCAGUUUCCUGAUUACAAGGACAUUAUUGAAACACCUAUGGAUUUUGGGACCAUCAAAGAAAUCCUGGCAGCCGGAAAUUACAGCAGUCCUUAUGACUUGUGUAGCGAUAUGAGAUUAGUCUUCUUCAAUGCAAAGCUAUACACACCAAAUAAAAAAUCCAGGAUCUAUGGUAUGGUGUUAAGACUGUCAGCACUUAUAGAAGAGAGGAUGAAAGGCAUUCUCUCUGAUUACAAAGCUUCUCAGAAAUCUCACACAAGUCCUAAAGAUUGCCGUGUAGUGAAGAGAGCACAUGUAAAAGAAAUGCAGCACGAGAGAAGGUCACAGAGUACUAUUUACAGAAAGGUCAGACAAGCAAGGCCAUCAACGUCCGAUGGAGCGAACCAGUGUUUCUUAGAAAUCUCUUCACCACAGCCUACCUCAAGUGGAGCACUGCGCGCUCCCAGUCCCCUCAGCGUAGCCAUUUUCUCUUCUAGACACCUUAAUGGACAAUCACCUGGCUCCUCACCCUCAAAAUCCCAUGCGUCAAGUAGAGAACGUGACUCCUCAGCAAGCUGCUCCAUGUCGUCAGGAAGUGAAACAGACUCAUCUUCUACCUCGGCUUCUGAACAUUCCUCCAGCUCUUCAUCUUCCUCCAGCUCAGAAAGAAAUCACAAGACUGAUUCAAGUUCAGUGUCGCACAGGGUUAAUGGUGUGAAAUCUAAAAUGACUAAUGGCAGACAACAGAGAGCAACUGCUUCAAAGCAAGCAUCUCAGGGCAAUAACCAAAGGAGAAUUGCAUCCAGCAAAAGGAGAAUUUCAAGUUCCUCCGAAUCAGACUCUGAAUCAGCUGGAAAAAGUCAUCAGGGAAUGCGGAAGAAAACGCUCCGCAAAUGUGCUGCCCUGGCAGCUAAUAAGAUCAAAAACAUGUCCGAUGUAGAAAACAGCGCCUCCACUUCAGACAGCGACUGCAGCGCGAGCAAAAACAGCAGAACACUGCCCCAGCGGUCAGCAGCAGAAAGAGCAAAGAAACGGCUCCUCCACAACAGUGAGGAGGAGGUAAGCUUAAGAAGCGACAGCGAGAGGGAACUUCCAGUGCUAAAAGCAGCAAAGUCUCAGUCUCCGGAAUGCAGAGUCGUUCUAACCAAUGUUUGUUCAAGCGGCACAUUUGGGGGUAGAUUAUAUCCUCAGCCCCGCAAUGGGGAAGUGUCAGAUUCAGAAAAUGAAUCGCCUGAAAGAAAAGGACCGAAAAAAAACACCUCUCCUCCGCGUGUGAGAAAACAAAGGUUAAUAAGCGAUUCUAAUGACUCCUUGGUCUCCAGCUCUGUUGAGAGUUCCCGUUCCCCACCCGGUAAUGUAAAUGGCAUUUCCUCAGACUCUGAGUCCUCCCUCACAGAUGACAGCGAGCAGACCCGUAACAAAGUGUGUGUGGCGGGCAGAUCCAGGGGUCAGGAUCACAAGAGGAAGCGCAUCCUCAGCAGCUGCGAUGAGGACUGGCAGGAAGAGGAGAGCACGCGUAUCCGCAAAUUAACCCGCCGCUCAAAAAUCCGCACAAGAAGCCAAGGGAAAAGGACAGUACGGUAUGACGAGAACCCAGCUCAAAGUGACGAAAACUUGAACGGCGCGCAGUCUCGAGCCUCUCGUCUUCACAGGAUUUCCCCCCGCGAGAGGGCGAGGCAGUUCAUAAACUAAUUCACUAAAUACAAGUCGACUCUACCAGUUGUUCCAGUUCAGGGAUUAGACAUCUUUUGGUUUUUCUCUUCUGUGAAUGUGUCCAAAUUGAGACUUUUUACUUGCACUUGUUACUGAAGCAUUUACAGCACAGAUGCCAACUUGUGCCGCCCAACCGGGGGCAGAGGUCACCGGAGGGCAGAAGGUGUUUGUAUUUACAGAAAGUUCAGUAAUCUCGAGGCGUCUGGCGGGAACCUCCUUUAACUGACGUAUCGGCCAUUGAACACUAAUAUUUGCACAGCUUACAUUACGUUUACAGAUGUCUCUAGUUUUGUAAAAAUAUUUUCCUGUUACUUUUUUUUUUUUAAGAAUUGCUUAAAGUUAUAAAAAACAAAGUUCAUCUAUGUUUUUUCCCCCCUUCUUAACACUUGAAUGCAGCGAUUUUUUUCAGAAUCCAGUAUAUGCCAUUAAUUUAUUCUUCAUCUUUGGUAAUGAAAUCUUGUCUCCACGCUGAAGGUUCUUUUUUCCCAUAGUUUUUCUUUGGUUCCUCUCGGUUUUCUUUCAGUGAAGACGUUCCGAAGUGUUCAUUUCUGACACGCUGGCACCGGGUAGCUUUUGCUGUAGUUAUAUGAGCAUUUGUAGGCUGCCAUUCUAUAGGUGCAGCAACCACUGUUAAAGGGCAAAAUAUAGAUUACGUCAAGCUUUUAUCUGCAGAUUUCUGUCUUCCGUUGAUGGAAAAGUUUUCUACCUAAAUUAAUUUUUUUUCUUGUUUUAGUGAAAAUCUGAUUACUACUGCUGUAUGAGGUGCAGAGAUUUCUAGUAAGCUGCUUUUCCAAACUUUGAAGGGGGUUAAUCAGGAAUUAAUAAUGAUUUAUCUUCAGGAUAGGUCAUCAUUAUCAUAUCAUAGGGGGUCCGAGUCCUAGCACCCUCCCGAUCAUCUGUUUCAGGGAGCCCCCGCACCCAACGAAGCUCUGGUAAAUGCAGCUGGCAUCCAGCAGCUUUCCAAGCACAGCGCCGUACGUUGUAUAGUGGAUGUGCUUGGUAUUGCAGCUCAGCCCCUUUGAUUUGAAUGUGACCGAUGUAU